AUGGAGCCGGUCGUGGGUCUCAUUGAGCUGCCGGAGCCUGAAUGGCUCACAUGCCCGUUGACGGGAGUGAUGUUCCGCGAGCCAGUGGUGAACUUAUUCGGCAACACCUACGAGCGGGAGAUGUACAGCAAGGCUCUCCAGCAUCGCCUGGUGGAUCCCCUCACCAACCUCCCGCUCCCAGAACCGGACGGCGGCGCCCUGCACCCGAACCGCGCGGUGCGCGCGGCGGUGGAGGCCUUUCUGAAGGAACAUCCAGGCUACCUGCCGCACGGGUGGUGCACUCUCCAGGUGCCUCCGGCGCCGAACGCCUCGCGCCUCGCAAGCUCUGAGCAGCGAAGCUUCUGGGAGAACUUGGAGAAGAAGGAUCGCCAGAGUGCCCAAGGCUGCGCGCGGAUGGCCGCAGGCGCCCUGUUCUCCCUGCGCUCGGUGCUGCCGGAGUACGAGCCGCGGGACGAGACCUCCCGUCAGGUGCACCGUGUGGGUAGCAUCCUUGGCAUGUGUGCUGGGCUGUCCUUUGGGCGCUUCGGCUGGGCCUUGGGCGUGCGCCUGGUCCGCGCCUUAGCAGGUGAACUGGCCCUCGCGCCCGUGGCGCUGCUGGCGCAGCCGGAGAGUCGCCUGGUGGACUGGCUCCGGUCCUUGUACAGAUUGACGAUGCCUUUGCCACUGAAUUGGGCACAUGUCAUUGGUGCCCAGCUCUUUUUUGGCCGCUUCUUCUUGGUCCGCUUGCUGAUCAAGGAGGCCAUUUUUGCGAAGCUCCCAGUGUCCAUUUACUACGCAGCGAAGCUUUGCCGGCAGGACGUGACGAGUGGGGGCGAAGCUCUGCCGGAUGCGGUCAGCGGGUAUUUGUUCAUGCCCAUCGCUGUGGCCUCCUGUAUUCACUUUGUGGUCGUGGGCCGCGAGGUGGGGCAGAAGUGCGCAGCCAAGAAGCACGACGAGCUCGAGAGCAGCGACACCUUCAAGACACUCAGGAGUCUGUGGGCUGCCUUUGGUGGAACCGCUCGGCUGUUGCCGCUUCUGGGGGCCAUGUAUGGCUUCACCGCACUGAUGGUGCGCGCCAGCGCGUUCACAGCGGGCAGCGUCCACCACGCAGUGCAGCUGCGCGCCCAAAGCUGGCUGCAAGGGCUGACAUUCUUGGAAGUGGAUGGUGACGCAAAUGACAUGAGCCUGGGCGAUCAACUGGCGCCGGUGCUGCUGCGCGUGGCGCGGCGACGGCUCGAGGAGCUGCGGGCGCGCCGCGGUCGGGGCGGGGUGGCACCGUUCUCGGAGGACCUCGGAAGACGUGCGCUUAUGGAAUCAUCCCCAUCCAAGCCAAAUCGCCGCGUCUUCCGCUUCCGAAUUGAACCACCGGUGCCCGCCGCGUUUGCCGCACCGGUGGGCCGGGUCACAGAGCCCAGUGCUGCUUAUAACCGAGAUAGGUUUCUGGACCAAAUGCUCUUGGGAGAGCAGGCCAAGUGGGUUGACAAGGACUGGUGCCGACCGGGGUGGGGCACCGGCCUGGGCGGUCGGCGGCCAAGGCCAGGCGAGCGUGUUCGACCCGGAUGCGUGGUGGCCCUACAGAACACAGGCGAAGCGCGAGACCGGCGGGGGGGGCAGCAAGAUCCGGUGGCGAUCCCCUCCUGUGCGACCACGGAUGCGACAUGCCCUGCCACAGGAUAUGCCACGAUCACCCCAGAUACUGUACUCUCGGCCAAGGGCAGAACAGGCAUCAAGGAGAUCUACCAACUGAGUCGCUUGCUUCGCCAAAGUGAGGCGUUCCAGUCGCUCGAAAGCCGCUCGCUCCGGCAGCUCUGCCGGGGGCUGCGCUGUCGCAGCUUCCAUGCCGGCGAGCUGGUGUACGCCAUGCGGAAGCCCAAGGCGGCCACCGAACGAAGAAAUACCAAGGGCGCGGAAGGCGAGGCGGCCCAUGGAUUCUUUCAGAUCCUCCAAGGUCAAGCCUCCUCCUCUGCUCGCGGUGCCUCCCUCCUACCAUUAAAAGAGGCUCACCGCCCGGGCGUGUGCUUUCCAACUGAUUGUCAUGUUGAAGCCCGCAAAGAGCAGGAUGGGCCCGUGGAGGAUGAUUUUCUGAAGACCAAGCCAGGCAGCGCCGUGGGAGAGGAUGUGCUCCUGGGCGAGGAAAGGUGGCCCUACUCGGUGGUCGCGGAGAGCGAGUUGAGGAUCUUAUGGGUGGACGCGCAACUCUUCAAGGAGACGUGCCUGGACCUGUCGGGCGAGAAAGCCGCGCGGCGGCGGGUCGUGGAGGUCUGGCGGAGAUGGACGGUGGAGGAACGAUGGAACUUGGAAGAAGGUGGCCAGAGCAAUCGGCCUUCCUCCAUGGCAGGUGGAUCUCAUCCUGAGGGCCUCUUCCAGAGGUACGGUACCUUCAAGAAAGAUGACAGAAAGGAAGAUGAAUUCCCCUGGUUUAUGUUCAGCCUCUUCAUGCUAAUCCUGACCUUCUAUGGCCUUGUGAUGUAUGGCUCGUGGGAGGUGGCGCAGCAGCUGGAGAUUUUCGCCGUGAGGUCCAACAAUGUCAUGGAGAUCAUGGGUCGAACCUCCAGCUCGGUGGGCGAUGCUGUGGGCAGAUCUGUGGAGGAGAACUCUGCCAAGAUGAGCAGCGGAUUGGGCCUUCUGCGGGAAGAGAUGAGCCUAGCAGUUCAGGAGACCGGCAAGUUGAAAGGCGCCUUGAGCGAUGAGAAGCCCGACGGUAUGGCCGAGUACGUGCGCGCACAGAAGAUCUUGUUCGCGCAGGCAGAGCGCGUCAGCAUCAUCCGUGCAGGACUCAAGUCCUAUGGCUUCGAGCAGCAGCCAGAAGAGUUUGUGAACCUCCUCAGCAACAUUCUGUUCGUGCUGACACCCUUGGCGGAGCUGGUGCCCCGACAUCAGGUGGCUGCAAGGAGUCUCCACAGCAGCAUGCGCAGUAUCACUUUGAUCCAGCAGGGCUUUGCAAAGAUUGAGAGUGUUCUUUCAUCUAUGGGGCAUUCGGAGAAGGAGCUGGAGACUUACUGUCUUGGAUUCAUUGAGAAUGUAUCGAUCAUGGAUGAUGCUAGUUUGGUGGGCUCCUACCGUGACAUGGCGCGGAAGAAUGCUGGUAGCCUGGAGAGUGAUUUGGAUUCGCUGAGCAACAUCAGUACUUUCUUAUCUUCAGAAUACAUGGAGAAACUUCUUCAGCUGGAUCUGGUGAAGGAUUUGAAAACCAUGGUCGCCAAGGAGAGGACUGCUUUGGUGGCGAAGGUGGAUCAAGCACAUGAGGCAUCCAAAGAUUUGGCCUUGGCAUCGAGUGAAGCUGCGGGCGCCUUCGAAAUGGCGGUGGGUGGCCUCAAGCUGAUGGCAGGGGACUUGAAGGAGGAACUGGGCUCCCUCGAGCGAUAUGUACUCGCCACCGGGCUCCUGAUGAAUCACCUCGUCCGUGACCUCGCGCGCUUCUACAAGACCACUGUCAUGGCCUGCCUGGCUGUGGCCUGUGCCAUGGCCUUCUUGGCCUUCUUCUAUGCCUGCUAUCUGGAGAACGUCUAUGAGAAUGAGGGCGUUGCAAGGGCUUUUGACACUGAACCCAAAGAGCGACAGGGCUGUUGCUGGAAGUGCGUGACGUGCAUCGGCUCCGCCUUCCGCCUCACAGGAUUCUACGCGCUGAUGCUGCUGCAGGAUGCCGUCUCCUUGAUCUUGGUCUUCCUGACUCUGAUGAUGGGCACCAUCAGCUUAGCGCAAAUAGGCGUCGCCAGCGGAUGUCAGAGCGCGGAGAUCUUGUCGGACGACGCGGCCUGUGUGAAGGAGCUGGGGGAACUGGGGAACUUUGUGGACGCAGACCUCUUGCAGCAGCGCAGUUGCCACGAUGCGGGGCUGCUGAUCUGUGAGUCGAUGAUGGCAAACGUGGCGAUGGUCUCCCAUACAUUGCUGUUGGCUGUGCUGGGCACAAUCUUGUCCUGUUGCAUUCCUCGGCGUUUGCUGGUGGUAUGGAUGUCUACGCAGCACAACGUCGCCAUGGCAGAGGUGUUGGCCGACUCUGACCGCGGAGGGAAGCCAAUGGACUAUUCGGCGUACUCAGUGCCUUAG